CUUACUUCUUUGCUGACCUCUUGUGGAAAAAUGCAGCAGUACUGAAAAGCAGCAGGAGGAGGAGGAGGAGCUUUCCAGAGCAGGUCUACCGAUCCGUGCCAAUGGCUUGUUUUUCACUAGGCAGGCUGUCAUCAUACGUUGCUCACGUGCUCGGCUCACCGGAUUGACAGCCCCACCUGUGUUUGACAGCAAGCACUCUGAACCUGGAGGGGCGCCAGGACGGCUUGGUUUUGAGGUUUCUUACUGCAUUUCCAGCGGCUAUUCAAAUGUGGCUGAUUGCCGUUUCUGUCCCGCUGCUUCCUGCUAUCGUCAUGGUAUCUGGCCGUUAUCGUGGCAAAGUUUCCACGCUGUGCCAUCGAGCUCUGGCCUGGGCACUGAGGUUGGUGCGAGGGAGAGUGUGUGUAAGGAGCACGCACGCCUUUGUGUUCUCCAAAUGCACCCAUGGCAAAGUUGACAGUGUUGUGGAGACCUUUGACCUUUAUGCGGAGACACAUCCCUCUUUGUGCGUUGGUCCAGAGACUGGUGGGGCGCUGGAAGACGUGGUGAGGCGCGUCGGUCCCUCCCGGGUGUUGGAGCUGGGGAUGCACUGUGGCUACAGCUCAGUCCGCCUGCUGCGACUGCUUCCCCCUGCUGGCAGACUGGUCACGGUGGAGCUAGACCCACUCACCGCAGAGCUAGGAGAGGAACUCAUACUGGUGGCUGGCUUCCAACACUCUCAGUUCCAGGUGUUGACAUCUAGCUCAGCGGAUGCCAUCCCAACGCUGCGUUCACUUCUUGAGCCUGAUCCAAGGACCUGGGAAGGCUUCAGCCUGGUGCUAAUGGACCACGAUCCGCAGCAGUACCUUCGAGACCUGCUGGCUCUGGAGAGAGAAGAGCUCCUCUGCCCCUCUGGCUGCUCUGUCCUUCUGAUCAACAGAAGAGCUGAAGAUCUCAGAGAAAUCCUGGAUCACAUCAGAGCGAGAGCAGACUGCUGCUGGAUCAAGACGGAGUUUCAGUUUAUGGUGGAAAUCUUCCACCAAAAACAAAGUCCUAAGGUGCAGUAGAUUGUCAAAGCAAAAUCUAAUGAUGUGGGUGUGUGAUUUCAGUUUGUGUCAACCAGUAUUGUUAAAUACAUAAUAACUUAUCGGUGGAUGUGUUGAAUGAAUGAUUUUGAAGUUGUCAAUCUGUUUUGUAAAAACUGCCUUUUUUUCUUGGAUGACUCAAUGGAAAAACGAAAUAAAAUAGUUUUUAUCUUUGUCUUCGGCAAAGUCUGAUUCAAAGUUAUUAAUACUAAUGAAACAAGUGAUAUGUGUUAGAGCAGCUAUGCUGUGAAUUUGUCUACAGUUUUUGUCUACAGU